CUUUAAAUUUCCCAAGUAAAGCAACAUUUGCUGGAGAAUCUUUCCUCAUAAAAUACCCAGAGGAUGUCAAACUUGGAACAAUUCAACACUGAUUUUUAUCAAUCUAAUUAUACCAUUGAUAAUCAGGAGCAGAACUAUAUUGCUUCUGAUACCUAUGGGAACCUUUAUGGAUCUAGUGGACAACAAGCCUGUGAGCAGUCUCAGCCCAGCCCCUUCAUUCCUCCAGAGAUGCUCCUGACAUCCGGACACACAGGACAAUUUUUUCAGCCAGCCUCCAACGCAGAUUAUUAUCCACAAGCUCCUUACAUUGACAGUUUUGAUGAAGAGCCUCCUUUGCUAGAAGAUAAGUUAAGGAAAUAACUUGGAAUCAACUUUGAUCAUAUAUGGCAAAAAACCUUGACGGUGUUAAACCCAAUGAAGCCAGCAGAUGGCAGCAUUAUGAAUGAAACAGACCUCACAGGACCCAUCCUUUUCUGUAUAGCUCUGGGAGCUACACUGCUUCUGGCAGGAAAAGUUCAGUUUGGUUACGUGUAUGGCAUGAGUGCCCUUGGCUGCCUUGGUAUUUAUGCCUUACUGAACUUGAUGAGCUCUGCUGGGGUGUCCUACGGCUGCGUGGCCAGUGUACUUGGUUACUGCCUACUCCCCAUGGUCAUCCUGUCCAGCUGGGCCAUCUUCUUUUCAUUGCAGGGCACCUUGGGAACUGUAUCAGCCCUGGUCAUCAUUGGUUGGUGUAGUCUUUCAGCUUCUAAGAUCUUCAUUUCUGCUCUGGACAUGGAAGGACAACAGCUUCUUAUUGCCUAUCCUUGUGCCUUGCUGUAUGGACUUUUUGCCCUCCUCACAGUUUUCUAA